CUCUGGCCAUCUCUCCAACUUUCACGAUUCGUCACACCUAAAAAAUGGCUUUCAAGACCAAUAUCGAUCUCUACACCGCAGGCACGCCUAACGGUCACAAAGUCCAUAUCGCAUUCGAGGAGCUGGGUUUGAAUUACAAUGUUCAUAAGAUUGAUAUCUCCAAGAACACGCAGAAAGAGGAGUGGUUUCUGAAGAUCUGCCCCAAUGGACGUAUUCCUGCCAUGGUAGAUAAGACAUCCGGUAAGGAUAAGCGUCUUUUUGAAGGUGGUGCCAUGCUGCUCUACUUGACCGAGAAAUAUGACAAGGACAACAAGAUCAGCUUCGACCAUGACAGUGAUGAGUACUGGGAGACCGUGGAGUGGAUUGUCUGGAUGCAAUCUGGACUGGGACCUAUGCAGGGUCAAGCAAACCACUUCUACAGAUACGCACCAGGGAAGAUCGAGUACGGCAUCAAUCGCUACCAGACCGAGACCAAGCGUCUGUAUCAAGUCUUGAACGACCGUCUUGCCGAUCAAGAAAAGGCCGGUCAAGGUCUAUGGCUCGUUGGUAACAAGUUCACCAUCGCAGACAUUGCUUGCUUCUCGUGGGUCAACUGGGGUGCUUGGGCUGGCAUUGAGACCAAGCCUUUCCCUGUGAUUGAGAGAUGGCUAGAUGUCAUCAAUUCGCGUCCAGCUGUUCAGAAGGGUAUCAACAUUCCCGACGAGUUCAAGUUGAAGGAAAUUAUGAGCUCAAAGGAAAAGUCCGAGGAGCAUGCUAAGAAGGCCAGCGCUUGGGUUAUGAAAGGACAGGAAGAAGAUCAGAAGAAGCAUGCCUGACUCCAUGAUCAACGAUCCAAGAUUUGAUGAUGGAAAUGCCUGACGAAUCACAAGGAGACUCGGGACAGCGAGUUGCUGGACCAAAAUUACAAACCAGAUUCCACACAUUUCGUGUAUUUGAUGAUGCCGAGUUGUGACGACGUCCUGCUCAGCUCCGGACGUCAGCUAGAAAUGGAAAUCACAUUCCAUGCUGUAAUGGUCAAAUUACUUGUAAAGCUCAUACAAAGACCUGUC